AUGGUUUUCAAGAAGAAAGUAUUGUUGAGGAAUCGGCCAUGGAUGAUAAACAAGAGAAGAAGACAAGCAGAGAGAUCCAAAGAUGAUAAUAGAUCAGAACUACACCAUAUUCCUCUUGAUCUAACUUUAGAGAUACUCUCAAGACUUCCUCCAAAAUCGAUCUUGAGAUAUCGAUGUGUCUCCAAACUGUGGUCUUCUUUUGUCACACUUCCAAGCUUUAUCAAAUUAUUCUCGACUCAGUCCGCUGCACGGUCACCGCGUCUCCUGCUAACCUUUUUAUCAGAUGGUAAGCAAUUAGUUGUCUCGUUUCCUCAAAACCCGAACCCUGACGGUUCUUAUUCUCCGGUUUGUCAAAUGAAAGCCUUCUCUUCUGCUCACUCUCGGCAAUCAAAGAGCGUCCAUGGUUUGUUUUUAUUAAGCGGAUUCCGCAUUUGGAACCCAACCUUGCGUCGGGUAUUCAUCUUACCACGUCCCAAAGAGCACAUCCCCAUCUCGCUUUUUAGGUUUGAGUCUUAUUUAGGUUAUGAUCCAAUGGAGGGUAAACACAAAGUACUUUGCUUAUAUUAUGGAAGUAUGUAUGUGCAGCCUCUGAUUCUUACAUUGGGAGGUCAAGAAUCAUGGAGAAUAAUAACCAACGGACGUUGCCCUAUGCAUUACCCAGCUGGAGGAGGAGGAGGUUGGGGAUGCUUCAACGGAGUUCUAUAUUUUCAAGCCAAAGUUGAUGGUCAACGUAUAAUAAUGAGCUUUGAUGUCAAAUCUGAAAGCUUCAGUACCAUAAAAUAUCCAGAGUAUUCUCAUUUUCGAUGGUCGCCUUAUAUGAUACCUUAUGAGGGAAGGAUAGCCUUUGUUACUGAUACAUUUGCCCAUGGUACCGAUGUUGAAUUAUAUAUUUUGAAAGAUGCAAAUGGACACGAAUGGACGCAUCAACACUUGCCUCAUGUACCUUGCCAGAGCGAAUGGAGGAGCAGUAUGCAAUUCACGGGUAUUACUGAUGCUGUUGAUGUGCCUUUAGAACUGUUGCAUGUAAUAGAUGCUACCGACUAA